AUGACUUCUGACACCCUUAUGACUUCUCUUCCACUAAAUGGCCUUUUACAGUUUGGGGUAAAUUUGGAGAUUGCUGCUAAAAAUUCGUCCGUGAGGAAACGGGUGAAUAGGGAGUCUUCGAAAAGAAUCGACGGUGCUGGUGAAAGUUACGGGACAGAGAUGGUUCCCAAAAUUGCAGUCGUUCCAAACGACUUAAGGGACUUGGAUGAUGAUGAAACUGGAGAGAAACAGCUGUCAAAAACAUGGACCGAGGAAGAAAACGAAUAUCUAUUAAGCGACCGCGAAAAUAUAGAUGAAAUCAAUCAUGGCGGUCAUCAUGAAACGACAAAGAACGGUUCACAAUUACAUGUGGCGAACGGUGAUUUAACGUAUGACGAAAGCUCUGAUCAGUUUGUCCCAUUAUUAAAAGAGCACAGACAUAAUGAAUUUGACACUGAAAUUACAGGACUGGGUGAUAGUUCUUUAAACGAAGGAUCUUUUACUAUCGGACUUCAAGUUUUCUUUCCAUUUCUAAUCGCCGGAUUCGGAACCGUGUCAGCCGGUAUACUCCUUGAUGUAGUCCAGGUGAGCAGGAGACAAAGGAAUGUUUAGGUCCAGUUCCAUCGUCAAACUUUUCAUGUACUGAACCUAAUUCUUUCAAUUAAGUACAUGAAGAGAUCAACGUUAGAAUGAGUUGACUCCAUUAUGUCUGAUUUGGGUCAACCCAUUAAUUAAGAUCAAGUGGCCCACAUGGGAAUUUCAACUGUGGAGCGACUUUGUUUCAAACAUCGAACUUAUCAUGUUCAAACCUAAUACAUAAAUAAUUCUAAAAUUUAGUUUCUCUUGUACUUGUAAGGGUUUUAGAUCAUUGAACAUCGUGAAAAUGAAUUGACUCUGACUAAUCAAGUUCGAUGUCUGAAUCAGCUGUCCACUUUGUAUCAUAUGGGUUGACCCAAAUAGUUGUUUAGUUCAGUACAUGAAAAGAUCGACGUUUGAACAGGACCUAAGUUGUCAUGAAUCAAGGAAACUGAUAAUGUGUUGUCUUCUAGUAAAUUACACCAUGUGUGUAAAAGUAUGAUUAUGGGAGACCAGGUCCCACUAACUACCAUGCAUUAGCAUGGUAUCCAAGGAUGAAUCUAAGUUUAAGCAAAGCAGGCUUUUUUAUUAGUCAAGUGGGCUGCUGCUCAAGUGCACCUUCGAAAUUACGCCAUGUCUUUGUUAUCUGGAAAAUUUGAGCCAGUGACAUGGUAGCCUGAGCUGAACCUGCUCUUAGUGACAUCCCUAAGUAUCACAGAUUUCUGCACUGUAGCAGAGAUGCCAACCUCUGGAAAUCUAAACUUCCCCCCCCCCCCCCCCCCCCCCCCCAUUACAACCACCAACCCCCCCAAAACAACCAUCCCACCCCCCCCUUAUUUUUUAAAAGGGACAGGGCUUGGGACUUUUUUAAACCCCCCCCCCCCCCCACGCCUCCCCACAUAUCAACGACCAACCCCCGAUAAGCACAAUUCCAUCCAGUCUCUAAUUUAUCACAUGGGAAUGGCUUAGGACAUUUUGAAGUCUUACAUGAGGUACAGACCAUUAUUCCCUUAUAUGAUUGUAAUGGCAAAAUAAUCUUUGUCAGUGCAAACAUGCCCCAGAAACUGAACUAUGAAUCAUAGAAAAUUGGAAUUUUAAGAGACAAUGGGAUAAAUUUCAAAUUACGUACAGAAAGUAAGCUCUUAACUCGAUUAUAUAAGGGAGAUUUGGUGAUCUGUUCGGGAGACCGAGAGAUUAUUGUGUCAUAUCCAGGAGACUCCCAGAUAAUCUGGGAGAGUUGGGAUGUAUGCUGUAGGUGGUUUAGGAAACAAAGCGGUUGCAUGAAAAAUUCCUGGUGAACACAGGAAACCGUCUGGGGAGGGGGGAUUUGAUAGUCUAUUACUGGCCAAAAUGUAAUAUUUGUUAGUUGCAUUUUUUUUAGCACUGGCAAGUUUAUAAAGACAUAUCAGAAAUUUUUAUUUUGGUUCCUGCUCUACUUGGAUUAAAAGGAAAUCUUGAAAUGACAUUAGCUUCAAGAUUGUCUACUGCAGUAAGUGAAUGCAUUCUGUAAUUUAUUAAUUUGACAAUGACAUCAUUAUUAAUGAACUGUAAGCAUAUUACACUGAACAAUUUUCCCUUCCGUACCGGAAACAGUAUGACAAGCAGAUGAUAAUGUUGUAGUGGAAGGUUGAACAAGAAAAUUUCCUAAGGAGCAGCUUCUAAAUAAUAUUAUCAGAAACUAUGUGAAACAAAAUAUUGUCCAUCCUAUCCCUCUAGAAAUCCACUUUAACUUCUUGAAGUGCAAGGGUGUUUUAAGUCUGAAGCCACCCCCAUUGUCCUACACAAUCAAAAAUAUUGUUGCUAAUGUGUGAAAGUGUUACUGCUUUAUUUAUAUGCAAGCUUUUGGAAAAACUGUGCUUGUAUGUAUUUGUUACCUUAAUAUUAGGGAGCUUAAGGAACCAUGAUGGUGACGUUAAUAACAGCAAAAAAGCAACACCCAGUUGGUUUAGAUUGGCAAAACAACAACUUUGCACGUGCAUCAUGCUAUCUGAGCAUUUCUUUGCUGUCAUUGCAUGACUAUGAUGAAGAGUCUGAAUUUAAAUGGGUAAAUUCCUCUUAGGUUUGGAUGUGUUUUUGCGUUUUUAGGCCAAUGUUGGACACAUGGAUUGUGCUAAAUCACAGUGGAAAUUAAUAGGAGGAAAUCUUGCAUUACUUCAGGUAAUAGCAUGAGAUCAAAGUGUUCAAAGAAAACAAUGUGCCGUAUCACAGUCUUGAAAGCUUUAUCCUAGGUUUUGAAUUAUGUUGAAGUUCAGGGGGAUUGACAUCAUGUAGCAGCCACCUUUCUUUGAUUUAAAUGUAAAUUGUGGAGUUUAAUAAACAUAAUGUUUGAAAAAAAAGAGGAUUUCCAAGUAGUGAAAACCCACUUUCUUAGAUAUAAGAAGCGGUGUUAUAGAGUUAGCAGUAAUAGUCCUUAGUUGUGAUGCUGACUGUCAAAUGCAACAAUGUANAAUUGUGGAGUUUACUGCGCUUUUCACAAACAUGCGAACUCUAAAGUUCAAAAGCCACCUUCACAAUUGCGUUUUUCACUGCCGUCAAUCAUAAUUACGAUCAAAAGCAACAAACCUUGAAACACAGAAACACACAAAAUGGAUCGAAAUCCACCAAUCACAAAUCACAAACCAUGACCUUUUGAACCCGUUAAAGUAAAGUUUUGUUUCCUAAGAGGUCCGUUAAGAUGAUUGACAGCAGCAAAAAACGCAAUCAUCAGUUGGCUUUUGAACUUCAGAAUUUGCAUGUUUGUGAAAAGCGCAGUUAUGAACAUAAUGUUUGAAAAAGGGGGAUUUCCAAGUAAUGAAAACCCACUUUCUUAGGUAUAAGAAGAGAUGUUAUAAAGUUACCAGUGAUAGUCCUUAGUUGUGAUGCUGACUGUCAAAAGCAACAAUGUAGUAAGACUGUGCAAUCACUAAUUACAUGUAUUAGCGAUUGCAUGGGUUUACUACAUUGUUGCCUAAAACAUGUUUUGUUUUAUUAAAGUUUUUUAUUUCUCUCUUUUUCUGUGACUAUUAAUAACUAUGAACUAAUUUUUUGGCCUCUCAGGUAAACAAAACCAUUUUUAAAAGGAUUGAACAGUUUGUGUAAAAUAGUUACAUUUAUCUGACCCAGGGGAGGGGCCCUCAUCUUAUUUUUAAGCUUAAGUGAAGCCAAAAGGGUUGAGGAUAUUAUUUUUAAGGGCUUAGAUCGGCAUCCCUCCACUUACUUGAAGAUCUGAAUCAGACCCUGUUUAUUGAUAACUAGGUGCAAGCGACUGUAGUUGGUUCCUUGGCAGCAUUCGCAGCUGUUAUCAUGGGCUGGAUUCUGGAUGGAGAAUUCAAGAUUCAUCAUGCCACCCUACUCUGUGCAAGUAGCUUAGUUACAGCGACACUAGCCAGCCUCAUUCUUGGUUCUGUGAUGGCUGCAGUGGUUGUGUUUUCUAGGAAGUGCAACAUCAAUCCAGAUAAUGUAGCCACGCCCAUUGCGGCCAGUCUUGGAGACCUCAUAACCCUGGCGCUGUUGUCUGCUAUUAGUAGAUUUCUACAUAGUUGUCUUGGUAAGUUUGAAAUAAAGAGAGUACCAUCAUUUUAUCAUCAUGAGAACUGCCUGUGAGUUUGUAAUGCAUUUUACCAAAACAAUAAUACCGUAAUACCAUGAACUUCACCCCGACAUAGCUUGUUUUCUGAAGUACGUGAAGGGCUUUUGUCCACUAAGGAAGUCCACAUGGAGGACAAUAGGGGAGUAUUACCUAUUUGAUUUCAUCAGUCCUUGUCCUUUACAGUUGGUCUUAAAGGUAAACAAUGCAGUGACAAUGGUGAACUCAUUUAAAUACACCUGGUUGGAUCAGGGAGAAAAUUUGCUGUACAUUUUCUCUUACAGGAAAAAAUAGUAAUAAAUUAUUGCAUUGCGGUUUACAAACUAAAAGGCAUUGUUGAUAUUGUUUUUUUCAAACUUGUUACAAGUUUAAUGUUUCCGUUUGCUGUAGACACCGAGGGUGGUACUCACCACUGGAUUGCACCUGUCAUCAGCUUGGGUUUCUUCAUCAUUCUACCACUAUGGGUGUAUAUCACUCACAACAAUGCCUUCACUCACAGUGUAUUAUAUACUGGAUGGAGCCCAGUGCUCAGUGCCAUGAUUAUCAGUAGGUAAGUCAAAUUAUCAGUUGUUAGUCAAAUUGUCAUUCUCUCAUAGUAAGUUUUGCUUGAUCUCUUCAAUAAGUCGUUUGUACGGCGCUGGUAACUGUAGAAUACGUUAUACAUGUCACAGAGUCCCAGUCAAUUUGAUGUUUCAUCUUUAAAUGGUGCUCAGCUAUGUGAUUGUUGACGUCACCAUUCUUUGUAGCUUGUUUGUGUUCGGUCAGUCGCCAUCAACUGACGUUAUACAACUCACUUUGACUCUGAAGAUGACUACCGCACAGGUUGUCAAAACGUCAGUCACUGUCAACAACAACAGUCCUAUUCAGGACUAUGUUCACCCGGACAAUCAAACUCAACCUACUUUUGAAAUGACUCCUGGGUUCAAACCUUUCACAGUCAAAUAUGUGAGUUAUAAAUUUAGAUUUUUGAUCUCUGUCCAGUUCAGACACCAAAGACUAAAUAUGUUGUAACGGAUGAUCCAAGACUUCUUUAAGUGCCCCACUACUUCUCUCCUUUUUUAAGCAACUGGAUUAUACUUCAUAACAACCUUCUUGUCAAAGUUUUUUAAUUAGUCUGAGGUAUUGCUAGAUCAUUUUAGCCUUCUAAGAUGUAGUCAACCAUGCAGUAGUUUUUGUCUCGUUCGUCGAGCUUAGCAUGAUGAGAAAAAAAAUGGCAACGUGCUAUUUACGAUGCAUAGUUUUCUGUUCAAGCCCUUGGAAGUUCAAUCCACACCCUCUCCUCUCUACCUACCCCUCCCUGCUUGUUUGCCUCUUCGAAAUACACCUAUCUACCCCUCAGAAAGUCUGGGAACCUUUGCUGAGAACACAGAAGCUGCAGUUUAGUUUCAUUUGCUUGUGGUGUUGUUUUCAGUACUGGUGGUCUAAUUCUUGACUUUGCUGUGGACAAAUAUCAUGGAAUAGCUGUGUUCAGUCCAGUAAUAAAUGGUGUUGGUGGGAACCUUGUAGCUGUCCAAGCAAGUCGUCUCUCCACAGGGCUGCACCAGCUCGGCAAACCUGGUGAGGUGCAGGAGAAGAGCAAAUUCCAUGGCUGUAUUGACACAUUUUUUGGAUCAGGUAUGUGGAUUAACCAAAGCAGGGAUUCUUAAAGUUAAGCUUCAACUGCAGUACUUUCUCAUGGUACCCUUAACUUAGUUUGUAGUUCUAACUUUUCAAUCUGAGGUUGAAAUCCUACGGUGUGACCAUUUAAAUGAAACCUCUCUAGCAGUACUUUCUCAUGGUUCCCUUAAUUUAGUUUGUAUUUCCUGCUUUUGAGUUUCUGGACUUAAUCUAAUCCUUUCCCUUUUGUUUUAUCGCAGGACUACAUGCUCGAACAACCAGAGUGUUGCUAUUUAUGGUUAUUCCUGGUAACUUGAUAUUUCUGUACACAAUCCGUGUUCUGCAGGCAGGACAUACUACACUCACACUCCUGUUUACUUCAGUCUACUUACUUGCUGGCUUGAUUCAGGUACAUUUCUAUUUUUAUUGGCUCAGAUCUUCAAUAGUUUGCUCUGAUCAACAGUGAAGGCGCUAUAUUUCUUCAUUUCCUACCUACCGUAUGCAUGGCACGUGCGGCUCGUGCCAAAAAAGGAAACGUGAAUUGGACUCGUCCUGAAUACGAUGCUAAACGAGUAUUUUGUAGGGGGUGAGGUCAGGGAAUUUUUAAGUAAGGGAAAAUCUUAGCUCUUGGCUCAGUCCGUGAAAUGUCAGGCAAUUUCAUUAUCAUGUUCUUAAAGGGUUUUGUGAAGACUAUAAAAAGACAUUAUUUUAUUAUCAUCAUCAGCAUGCGCUCAAUUUCGUACUUCAAAUCCGGCCAAAAAGUCUAGAUUCUGUGCAGAACGUCAAAAGUUCAAAAAUAAGGAAUGAAAUAUAAAUGACCAGCAAAAAUAGCCGAGGAGAAAAAGUAACGCAAGGUUAGUAAACACCAUUUAUAGCCCGGAGAAUUGUUUGCAUACCAACUAGUAGCCUGUGAUUGCAGACCUAUUUCCGGUCGUCGCUUCUCUCCACCGGAAAUAGAUCCGCGUUCGUUAGCUAAGAAACGAACGGCAACCCUGUGAAAUGUUGUAAAAUAACUGACACAAAACAAUGCACGUGGUAACCAAGGCUUUACUUUGCACGUGCAGGUUGCUAUACUGCUGCUGACUGCUAAUUGGUUGGUUCACUGGAUGUGGAAACGAGGCAAAGAUCCCGACAACUACUGCAUUCCGUACCUGACAGCGCUGGGUGACUUCCUCGGCACCGGUCUCCUGGCCGUGUCUUUCCAUCUUUUAUGGCUCAUAGGGGAUCGAGAUGCUGACGUUGGAGAUUAA